AUGCAGCGCCCUACCCUCGUCCUGUUGUUGAGCAACGCCCUUGCAGCCUGGGCCAAGACGCCCGAUGGCUUCGCGCCCGCGUCCAACGUCGACCUCGUCGUCGCAUAUGGAGACCAGUCUGCGCUCAAUGGUGUAGAUCUGGCCAAGAGCCUCACGGCACAAGAGCCAACAGUCGGCACAACCGAGCCCCUAACCGGAAAGUCCUACGCAAUAAUCAUGGUCGACGUCGACAUCCCCACCAACAACCCGCCUCAAACCGGCACAUUCCUGCACUGGGCCCAGACAGACCUCACCCCGGCCGGCGCCCCGACGACCCUCAAGCUCUCCGACGGCACGCAGCGCUCCAUCAACACGCUGACCACCAACGCGGCCGCCAUCGCGGACUACAAGGGCCCCUCGCCGCCGGCGCGCGUCCCGCUCACGCACAAGUACAUCGAGAUCCUCGUCGACACGAGCGAGAUCACGCCGGACGGCACCGCGGCCCUGCAGACGCUCUCGACGCGCGGCGGGGUGGACGUCAACGACGUGCUGACCAAGGCCGGGCUGGCGAACAAGGUCGUCGCGGGCAACUUCUUCACCGUCACGAACCCCGGCCCCGCGGCGAACGCGGAGAGGAGGACGAACGGGACGGGUACCACGACGCCGAGCGGGGGCAUGACGAAGCCUUCUGCGGCGCCGUCUGGGAUUUCGAUGGGGUUCAGGGGGGUUAGUGUGUCGGUGGGAGCUGCUGUCGUUGGUGUUUUUGGUUUCUGUAUGGCGGCAUUCUAA